GGGCUCCGAGUGCGGCCGGCGGGCGGACGGUCGCGGCGGUCUCGCACCGGCGGUGAUCGGGGGCGCAGGCGUUGUCGGUUGGCUGCGUGUCUGCCGGACCCUCGAGAGGCUUUUCCUUUUUCCUGCCCGUCGGAAGCCCGGACCCGGGCCCGCUCAGCCGGCGUCAUCAUGACCAAGGCCGGUAGCAAGGGCGGGAAUCUCCGCGACAAAUUGGACGGCAAUGAGCUGGACCUGAGCCUCAGCGACCUGAAUGAGGUCCCAGUGAAGGAGCUGGCUGCCCUUCCAAAGGCCACCGUCCUGGAUCUGUCCUGCAAUAAACUCAGUACCCUGCCGUCGGAUUUCUGUGGCCUCACACACCUGGUGAAGCUGGACCUGAGUAAGAACAAGCUACAGCAGCUGCCAGCAGACUUUGGCCGGCUGGUCAACCUCCAGCACCUGGAUCUCCUCAACAACAGGCUGGUCACCCUGCCUGUCAGCUUUGCUCAGCUCAAGAAUCUGAAGUGGUUGGACCUGAAGGAUAACCCCCUGGACCCUGUCCUGGCCAAAGUGGCAGGGGACUGCUUGGAUGAGAAGCAGUGUAAGCAGUGCGCAAACAAGGUGUUACAGCACAUGAAGGCCGUGCAGGCGGAUCAGGAGCGGGAGAGGCAGCGGCGGCUGGAAGUGGAGCGCGAGGCAGAGAAGAAACGCGAGGCCAAGCAACGAGCUAAGGAGGCACAGGAGCGGGAGGUGCGGAAGCGGGAGAAGGCAGAGGAGAAGGAGCGUCGGAGAAAGGAGUAUGACGCCCUCAAAGCGGCCAAGCGGGAGCAGGAGAAGAAGCCGAAGAAGGAAGCAAACCAGGCCCCAAAAUCUAAGUCUGGCUCCCGCCCCCGCAAGCCACCACCCCGGAAGCAAACUCGGUCCUGGGCUGUGCUGAAGCUGCUGCUGCUGCUGCUCCUGCUGUGUGUGGCAGGCGGGCUGGUUGCGUGCCGGGUGACGGAGCUGCAGCAACAGCCCCUGUGCACCAGCGUGAACGCCAUCUACGACAAUGCCGUCCAGGGCCUGCGUCGCCACGAGAUCCUCCAGUGGGUCCUGCAGACCGACUCCCAGCAGUGAGCUUGUCCUUAGCACCUGCUGCCUCCCAGCCUCGCAGCUUGGAUUCCUAUGGAAUUGGGUUCUGCUGGACACCUCUUUUUAGCGUCAGACCUACCUGCCACCAUCAAAUGGCUGCUGAUUGGUACCUGAGCCCUCCUCUUUGUAGGACUUCUGCGUUCCUUAGUCGGGGUCCCCUGGUGGAGUGAGGAGGUGGGAGGGGGACGGCUACCUGCAUGCCUAAGGGAAUGGGCUGAGGGCGGGGAGAGAAAACAACAUAGCCUUUUCUAGUUGUACAAAGCUGUGUAAAGGCAAGGCUCAUUUCUACUAAACGGUCAGCUGUCACUACAUUUAUACUUUUGUAUGUCACAAACCUUUUCUUUCAUUCCUCCCUGGGCAAUCAGGGCAGAUCAGGAGGCAGUGCGUUAGAAGGACUAGGGGAACACUACACUCAGCAAAUGCAGCCUAAAUUGCAGGGCAGGGGGACAUUUCUAUUUUCUUAAGGACCUCAGACAGUCAGGCCCUUUUGUGACCACACACAAGCUAGCUGUGAAAGGGACUUCCUGACCACGUGGUCCAAUGUAAUACUUGAAAACAUGGAAACAGGCCUCCCGUGGCUCGCCUGCAGUCUCUCAGCUAGUGUGAAGCAGAAUUGGACUCACUCAGUGCUAUUUCCUUGUCACUUUGCCUCCUUUAUAAUAUCUUCAGAGAACAGAACUCACACCAGGAGUGAGUAUGUCUCAGCCGAAGUAUAGACUUUCACGGCAGACGGAUUCAUCGCUAACAGAAACAUCACGCUGUCGAGGCCUCCAGCAGCUCCUGUGGAGUCCUGCCCCAACAUAUCUGGUUUCCAUUAAAUGGUAACAUCCGGGCUCCUUGUGUGAAUUUUGGAGCAUUAACUGAUUACCAGUAGGCAAGGAAGCGGGUUUCUACAAAGCUACAGUGCCCUGACAGCUGUUAGGACUCAGUGUGACUAAAUACCUCAGGGGCAGCCUGAGCACGUGGCUUUGUAGACACUGAGGUCCAGACCUGCUUCUCAGCCUUUAACUGAAGGGAACAAUGAAGGGAACCGGGCAGCGCCCUGGAGCUGCACAGUGGCUCACUAGUGCCCAGCACACAUCGGGCAGCACCGUCCCUUCUCGUCCACUACAGCAGCUCUCUCUCGCCUCCUUCACCACCUUUUAAAACAGCUGGAUGCAGGGAUCAGAAAUGACUGCCAUGGUGCUCAUUCACCAGAAACUCCCAACUGCAAGCAUUUGGCCUCUCUCCAGAGGGGCAAGAGCCUGUCAUAGCUCACAGAGGGCAGGGUCCAACUGCUCAGCCCCAGCGGCCCAUCUCGAUAGCACUGUCCUGAUACUGCAAGAAAGGACUUUGUUCUCCUCUCCUCCAAGGACAGCUCUGCUGCGUAGGUCCACACCUUACUCAGAGUCACUACACAUUCCUUUAGUCUUCCUCCACGCUCCAGAGCCAUUGGUACAAAUGCUUUAUUGAAGCUAAACACGUAAUACGUAAGGUGAGGUUAAGAUAAUACAGAAGUCAGCAUAGUCAUCAAACCCCUGUUCCUUGGCUGGUUGAGGCAGCUCAGUGGCUGAGCCUAGUCAAGCCAACCCACAGGCGACAGCUCACUCACGACUUCCAGAGUCCAUGCCGAUUCUUUUGGAUUUCUAUGAUUAUUAAAUACGUGUCUGAAUGGUC